AAUUUCUUCUUCUUCAUCUUUCUCCCAAAGCAGCUGGAUUUUUUCCCCAAAUGUAACGCCGCCCUCCUCCAGUUCUCUUCUCCCUCUAAAAACACGAUAGGAGGCCCCCCACUAUCAUGCGCCAUCACCACCUCUUCUCCUCAUUCUCCAUGGCUCCUUCUCCUUUCUCUUCUUCAUCCUCAGCAUCACUUUCUCUCUCUAAGCCACAUACCCACCACAAUAACUCAUCAUCCAUCUCCACCCACCAUAGGAGACCUUCAAACCCUUCCAACCCUAGCUCCAAUUGCUCACCUUCUCUUUGCAAGCACUCUCCUUCCGCAACCCUUGAUAUCUUAAUCCUAAUCCUCGUUCUCUUCUCUGGUACUUUCCUCGUCAUAUCUUACUUCUCUUACAUCUUCCAAACUCUAUCUCUUCUCCUCCCUCCAUUCACGAUCGUCAUCUCUCACAGCGGCGACCUAUUCCAGGACUCUCCCGUUCUCUAUCUAAUUGGCUUUAUUUCUUUUUUUAUUUUCGCGUUCCUGUCUUUCGAGAUCUGUUGUGGGAUCAGGUCCAGAAAGUGCGAGAAUCCGAGAUGUAAAGGGUUGAAGAAGGCGAUGGAGUUCGAUUUGCAGCUGCAGACGGAAGAGUGCCUGAGAUCGGCCGCCAAAGCGGUGAGAGAGAUCGAUGGGUUGCCUUGGAAAGGUGGGAGCGAGACGAAUUCAGAUUACGAGUGCUUGAGAGCAGAACUGAGGAAGAUGGCGCCACAAAAUGGUCGAGCCGUGCUUCUUUUUCGAGCAAAGUGCGGCUGCCCCAUUGCAAAGCUCGAGGGUUGGGGCGCUAAGCGUGGCCGGCGGCACAAAAAGAGUCUAACAGUCAAGAAUGGAGCAAAACAUCGCUGACUGACUGUUGGGAGGGGUGGUGGCUCAAUAGUCAGCCAUGGAGUGUUUCAUCAUCUUCUCCUUUGAAUAUGGAAAUAUGUUUCUUUCAGCUGGAAAACAAAACAUGUACAUUUUUUAUAAGAACAAUACUACUUCUUACCUACUACUACCUUAACAGAAACUGUAUUUCUAUUUCUCCUCCUGGCUACUUGUCCGAACUCUCUCUUUUUGUGAGAGGAUUAUUUACCAAAUAAAUGUAGUAGCCUGCUACAGAUUCGAUGGAUUAUUAUUAUUAUUAUUGUU